CCUCUCUUCAUCUCGUGCAUACCGGCUGUUUCCUCCCCCCCUCUCUCUCAGUCUGCGUGCUGUAGCCCUGCUGUGCGGUCCUCUCAGUCCUCUGUUGUAGCACUAAAGGAAGGAGGAGCCUACCGGCGCACAGACACUCACACACACACAUACUCUCUCUCUCACACACACACACACACACAUAACACACACACUCUGACAUCCCACAUCAUCCCUUCUGCACGCUCACUGUGAGCACCAGCCAGCAAGCAACCAAGCCAGCCAGGCCCGUUUGGAGCAGGGGAGCCCAGCCGUCUCGUCACCCAAAAUGGAUGUACUAAUGAAGGGGUUCUCCAUGGCCAAGGAAGGUGUGGUGGCCGCUGCAGAGAAGACCAAAGCCGGCAUGGAGGAAGCGGCAGCCAAGACCAAGGAAGGGGUGAUGUAUGUAGGCAGUAAGACAAAGGAGGGAGUUGUGUCAUCAGUAAACACAGUGGCCAACAGGACCGUGGAUCAGACCAACAUCGUCGGGGACACAGCGGUUGCUGGGGCCAACGAGGUGUCACAGGCGGGCGUGGAGGGCGUGGAGAACGUCGCCGCGUCGACCGGGCUGGUCAACCAGGAGGAGCCUGUAUACGAGGGAGAAUAUGGAGGAAUGGAACAGGGUGGGGAAGGAGGAGAGGGGUAUUAAUCAUCUUCAGGACCUCCCCUCCCUGUGCUCUCCGACGGCCCCUCGCUCCCCUCGCCUCGCUAUACCAGACUCCAGAUGUUCAACAUAUUUUUUUGUGACUUUACAGAACCAAAAUCAACUAAAACAGACUCUUCCGGAUGCCACACCUCAGCCCCCUAAUCUCCCCCCUUUGCCUCGUCACUCCUUGAUGCUCCCCCUUAGCUGUCUCACCUGUCCUCACCCCCUUCUCCUCCCCUCUGACUUUCUGCAGCCUGUAGCUUUUUCCUCCACUGCCCGUCUUACCCUCGCCUCACUCGUGUGUUAGUGUCGUCCUGAUAUGAACCCUGGUGUUGUUACCGACCCCCCCCCUCCCACGCCUACCAACCUAUAGAGAAACCUCACACACAACGUACACACACACACACACAAAAAAAAACACCUUCAUUCAGCACAUGCAUGAAACACACACCCACACAGAUAUAGUACAUACAGUCAAUGCCAGCACAGACGCACACACUGGGCAAACAUGUCAAAUUUUGGGUGAGGUGCAAGCCAAGCCUCUGCAGUCCACAACAAUAAAGAUAACUCACUGCGUGACUGAGGCAGGGUGUGAGAGGGUGUGUGAUCUGCUGUUUGUGUGCCUGUGGUAGCUUAAAUAUGUGUGUGUGUGCAUGUCUAGCUGCUGGUGCAUAAAAUUAAAUAAAUCUACAGAGGCUUGUGCAGGGAAUCGUGCAUUGAGGACAGAUAUCAUUCUGUUAUGUGUGCAGUUGUUAGUUAGCUACGAUAGAUUGCAUGAACAGAUGUGUAGAAUGACUCGUCCUGUGUCGUAACCGUAGAGUAGCGGCCGUUCUGUUCUGUGUAAGCUUUGUAUGGCUUAAGUGUGUGUUUCGCCUCGACGUUUAGAAACAGGGUUAUAACGGUGUCAUUAACCAGGAAGCAAUACACAAAGCUCAUUUUCCUCAGCUGUUAGAGCGGUAACUUGAAUUGUGUUCACGUGAUGCAAGAAGAAUUUCUCCAUAACAAAUGAACAUAUUAGUGACAGACUAACAGUUAAUAACUGUUGAUUUAAAGGGUCAGAUGAUUCUUAAAUCUGCUUUUUCCAACACAACCCACGUCAAACUAACGAAAACUAAUAUGUCUCAUGUUGCUCUAACUUUGGAAGGAAAAUAGAGUAAAGGCCCUUCGCCACAGCAGCCUAGGGCUCGACUCCAACCUGUGGCCAUCUGCUGCAUGUCACCCCCCCCCACCUUCCUGUCAGUCUUCAGCUGUCUCAAAUGUCAAGUAAAGCUCAAAAUGUCCAAAAAAUAUCUUCGACAAAGACUAAUUAAGGGGGAAUUAAAAAGGAAAACUAGGUCUGAGGAAAGUGUUUUUAAAAAAAAUAAAAAUUCAAGGAGGAAAUAUGAGCAGCUGAUGAUGAUCACGUCUUGUUAUCGUGUAGUUGCUUUUUAGUCUUUGUGAAACUGGUUUGCAUGUCAUCGGGAGCAAGUUAUUCCAAUUUCUAUGAUGAAAAACGUUUGAUUCAGUGAGGGAGGAGAGCAGAAUGAAAGGUAGGGUUUUUAUCAUGGAUCAGCUUUAUGUGUAGUUCUGUGUACAGCUUGAAUUCUGGGAUAUGUAGUUAUUUGUUAGGGUAGUUUUUAUUUCACACUAACGAGUCUGAACCCUGGCUGUUCUGAAGCUCCCGCCUAUUAUCUGUCUCAGCCAGUCAGAGGAGCCCUUCAUCCUCUUGGUCAGUUUGAUGCCACCUGCCACUGCUUGUCUGCCCGGCAUCAGUGUGUGUGUCCGUAUGCACUGUAUGUGUGUGUGUGCGUGUGUAUAUAUAUAAAUAUAUAUAUGUGCGUUUUAACAUAGAACCGGUUCAGCCAGCAAAGUGUG